AUGACGGCUGUAGCACCAGCGGUUGUUGACAUAAAGACAGACUCCGCCUCCGUGUGCCUUUCCAGCGCUGCACCCGUCUCCAUCCAGCCUCGCCUCGCCUCCCUCGUCCUCCGCGACCAGGUUAGGAUUGUGCUGGUGGGUAAAACUGGAGCUGGGAAGAGCGCAUCAGGAAACAACAUCCUGGGGUCAAUGGCCUUUGACGAAAGUCAAGGUUUUGCUUCUGUCACUGAUGGCAGUCAAAUGCGUAGUGGGCUAGUAGGCGCUAAAAACAUCAAAGUGAUUGACACCCCAGGACUGUUUGAUACUAAAAAGAGUUCAGAUGUGCUGAAAAGAAAUAUAGAGAAGUGUGUCGAUCUGUCCAUUCCUGGACCUCAUGCCUUCCUUCUGGUUAUCAGACUGGAUAUAAGAUUCACAGGUGAGGAGAGAGAGACUGUGACGUGGAUCCAGAAUAACUUUGGUGUGGGAGCAGCAAAAUAUUCCAUGGUGCUGUUCACUCAUGCUGAUCAGUUGAAAGGAAUAACAGUGGAUGAAGCUGUAAAGUAUCCUCCCAUACAAGAACUUAUCAACAAAUGUGGUGGUAGAUAUCAUUCCCUCAAUAACGACCAAAGACAUGACAGGACUCAAGUGAAUGAGCUACUGCAGAAAAUUGACACCAUGGUGAAAAAUAAUGGAGGAAAUUUCUAUACAAACAAGAUGUACGAGGAUGCUCAGGUUUCGGAGUGCAUUUCUGAAUUGCAUGUGUUGUAA